AAAAGCAUUCUAUCCUUGCCUCCUUCAGUAGCUCCAGCCACUUCGUCUUAGGCUGCUGGAGAGCCUUGUCCUCCGCUCCAUCCACCAGACCACCACCAUGGUCCUCCAAAUAUACCUCGCUCAAGAGUGACCGUAUAUCGGGUCCUCCGGAUUCUUUCAUCAACAUUGCCGGAAGCCCAUCGGCUACCAUGGAAUCAGCAGAUGAGGAGACGCCAUUGAUUCACUAUCUGCGUCCACAGGAAGAAGGUCCACAAUACACUAGCGACGGAACGGUUGAUAUUGACAAGAAGCCGGCUCUGAAGCGGAGCACAGGGAAUUGGAGAGCAUGCUAUUUGAUUUUAGGAGCUGAAAUCAGCGAAAGCCUGGCUUUCUCUGGGAUACAGAAGAACUUGGUCACCUAUCUCACGAGCGUGCUCCACGAAAGCAAUGUCGACGCUGCCACGAAUGUGUCCACUUGGCUCGGCAGCUGCUUCUUCACGCCGCUCGCCGGAGCUUUUCUGGCCGACACAUAUUGGGGAAGAUACUGGACAGUAGUGAUUUUCAUCUCGAUCCAGGCCGUUGGGAUGAUCGCCCUCACCGUUUCAGCAUGGCUUCCACUGCUAAUGGGUUCGUCCUUCAACAGCAGCAGCACUCAUCGUGCUGCGGUGUACCUGGGGCUCUACCUCAUCGCAAUCGGUUCCGGUGGCAUCAAGCCCUGCACCUCGGCCCUUGGCGCCGACCAGUUCGAUGGCGCCGACCCGGGGGAGCGGGUGAACAAGGGCUCGUUCUUCAAUUGGUUCUUCUUCUCCAUCAACCUGGGCUCCCUGCUGUCGUCGACGGCGCUUGUCUGGGUGCAGGACAACGUUGGCUGGGAGGUCGGCUUCGCGAUCCCGAUGGCGCUCACCGUGUUCGGCCUCGCCGUGUUUGUUGCCGGCAGGAAGGUGUACAGGUACAAGAAGCUGGAAGGGAGUCCUCUCACAAGAGUCUCGCAGGUGGUCGUUGCAGCCGUACGGAAUCACCAUUUGAAGCUGCCUAAGGAUAGCUCAGCCCUGCAUGAGGUGCCUUCACCAAAUGAGGCGAAUUGCAAGACUGCACAUACCUGCCAAUUCAGAUUCUUCGACAAGGCUGCCAUUGUAGCGCGGUCGUUAUCCGACGAGAAAGGCGCAGCGUCGACGGUUAGCCCGUGGAGGCUGUGCACGGUGUCCCAGGUGGAGGAGCUGAAGAUGCUGCUCCGGCUGUUCCCCGUGUGGGCAUCGAUGGUGCUCUUCUUCGCGGUCACCUCGCAGGCGUCGUCGACGUUCAUCGAGCAGGGCAUGGCCAUGGACAACCGCGUCGGCCCGUUCACCGUGCCGCCGGCUUCCCUCUCGAUAUUCCACACCAUCAGCAUCAUCGUCGGCAUCCCCAUCUACGACGCCGUGCUGGUCCCGCUGGCCCGGCGCGUCACCGGCGACGACCGUGGCCUGUCGCAGCUGCGCCGCCUCGGCGUCGGCCUCGCGCUGUCCGUGGCGGCCAUGGCAUACGCGGCGCUGGUCGAGGCGAGGCGUCUGGCGGCCGCGAGCGCGCCGACGACGAGUAUGAGUAUCGUGUGGCAAGCGCCAUCCUUCGCCUUGGUCGGCGCCGCGGAGGUGUUCACCACCACCGGCGUGCUCGAGUUCUUCUACGACCAGUCGCCCGGUGGCAUGAAGAGCAUGGGCACCUCCCUGGCGCACCUCGCGAUCGCGGCCGGGAGCUACCUGAACUCGGCCGUGCUGGGCGGCGUCGCGUGGGCCACGGCACGGGGCGGGGCGCCCGGUUGGAUCCCCGACGACCUGAACGAGGGGCAUCUGGACUAUUUCUUCUGGUUGCUGACGGCCCUGAGCGUGGUGAACCUGCUGCACUUCGUGCACUGCUCCAGGAGAUACAGGGGCAACAAGACCGCGUCCUGACACGCAGGACGGCAGGAGAACCAUUUUACGUUCAUGUGUAGAAUCAGCACUGUUUGGUUACUAUUUAUAUGGCAACCUAGAGUAGGCAUCCAAUUAACAUAAGACCUGAUGGAUCAUAAGCAACAGUAAUAGUAUUUCAGCCAUCUGACAUGCAUCGUCUUUAAAAUCGCGGCAUUGCUAGUAACCUAUUUAUGCGAAUUGGACUGGAAUCGUUGAGUCGAAACAGGGCUA